AUGAAUGCAUCAAGUGUGGCCAUGGUUCUGAAAAUCGGAGCGGACCGGCCGGUUCAACUAGAAAAAUCGGAAACCGGUGACCUAACCGGUCCGGCGUUCAUAGCCACCCACAGCCAUCAAGGCCACCAAGGCCACCAUAGCCGAGCCCGCGACCACCACCGGCCGAGCCCGCCUCCUCGUCGCCACCCACAACCAUCGACAGCAACAGCGACCACCACCGGCCGAGCCCGCCUCCUCGUCGCCACCCACAACCAUCGACAGCAACAGCGACCACCACCGGCCGAGCCCGCCUCCUCGUCGCCACCCACAACCAUUGAUGCUUCUAAUAUGAUAAAAACUGCCGAUACCUUGUUUAAAUUGUUUGCUGAGGUUAUUGAGUGGGUUGGGUCUAGUAAUAUUGUGCAUGUGGUUACUGAUAAUGCUACAAAUUAUGUAUCUGCUGGAAAACUCAUUCAUGAAAAGUAUCCAAAUAUUUUUUGGUCUCCUUGUGCUGCUCAUUGCAUCAAUCUUAUCUUGAAAGACAUAGCAAGUCUUCCUCAUAUAGAUGACCUUGCCUCUCGUGCUUCAAAAGUGACUGUCUUUGUUUACAAUCAUAUGAUUUUCUUGUCAUGGCUUAGAAAAAGAAAAGAGUGGAAAGAAAUUGUUCGACCAGGAGUAACACGUUUUGCUACUAUUUUCAUUACUUUGAAAAGUAUAUAUGAUCAUAAAGAAGACUUGCAAUCAUUGGUGAUUGACAAAUAUUUCACUUCUCAUAAAUUAUCCAAGAGUGUCAAUGGGAAGAUGGUUAGUUCAAUUAUCUUGGAUAGUAAGUUUUGGGAGGAUUGUUUUACUACUGUUAUGCUUGUUGGUCCUCUAAUUAAAUUAUUGAGGCUUGUUAAUGCUGAUGAGAAACCUUCUCUGGGUAUCAUAUAUGUGCUUGUUGAUGCUGAUGAGAAACCUUCUCUGGGUAUCGUGUAUGCGGGCAUGCAAAGAGCCAAAAUUAAUAUCAAGACAAUGUUUAGAAAUAGGAAAUCUGCAUACACACCUUAUACAAGUAUCUUGAAAAUGCGGUGGGAUAAGCAUUUGAAGCGUGACCUCCAUGCAGCAGCAUACUUUUUGAAUCCAGAUUACUUCUAUAGUGAGGGGUUUGUUGAGAAGGCAAAUAUCUUGAGGUCUUUGCUUGAUUUAUUUGAUAUUGAAACUCUUUGCGAUGACUUGGUUGCCGCAAUGCAAGAGAUACAGUUGUAUCGAGAUCGAAAAGGAAGUUUUGGAAGGGAAAGUGCAUUGAAAGCAAUUAAGAGACUUGAACCUGGUGAAUGGUGGAGGCUACAUGGUGGGAGUGCUCCUAACUUGCAAAAAAUGGCAAUUCGUCUUCUUCUUCAUCCGGCUGCGAGAGGAACUGGAGCCUCUUUGAACAAAUCCAUUCAAAGAGAAGGAACUAAUUAG